AUGCCACCAAAGGGAUGGAGAAAAGAUGCACAAGGAAAUUACCCAACGACUUCUUACAUAAAAGAGCAGGAAAACAUCACGAUACGGGACUUGCUGUUUCCCAAGAGUGUCAUAAUGCAACUAGCGAAAGAAGCCAACGGUGAUGAGACGAAGAAGAUACUGAUUAACAAAGAUGUUAGUUUAGCUUUGCAAAGAAGUGCAACUGUUUUUGUAAAUCAUUUACUAAUGUUUGCCCGAGAGUUUGCCAAGAAUCAGGAUAGGAAAAGUUGCAAUAUUAAUGAUGUAUACGAUUCUUUGGAUCAGAUUGGGUUUGGCGGGUUCAAAUCACUCAUAAACAAUAAAAUGAUUGAAUAUCAAAAUGUCAUAGAGCUGAGAAAAGACCUUAAGGCAAAAUCUACUGCUGAAGGAACGAACCAAGAUGAUACAGAAAACGAAGAAGAGGAAGAUGAAGAGGAAGAAGCGGGGGAAGAAGAAGAUAGAGAAGGAGAAAAAACGCCCAGCGGUAAUGGCGUCAACGAUGAUUCAGCUACCAAAAAAUCGAAGCCUAAUGGGUUAAAUGAUGAAACUUGA